CACCCACACCCAGGAGGUGCUGGUGCAGAGGACCAUCUCUGCAGGGGGCGCUGGUGGGGACCGGCAGAGGGGGGCGCUGCUGGGGUUCAACGUGCAGCAGGACGGCGUCGUGACGGAGGUCGCCCCCGGGGGCGCCGCCCACCGCGCCGGCCUCCAGCGCAUGGCGCGCAUCGUCGAGAUUUGUACAGUGGCGCUGGCGACGAUGACGCAGGAUGCGAUGGUGGACCUCCUGAAGACGUCGGAGGCGGUAUCCUUAACGGUCCUCCCCCCACACCCUGAGACCCAGAAGCCCCGUGUGGGGUGUAACGCCCCCCACUGCCUCUUCCACCGCUCCUCUGACUCCUCUGAUGGGGAUUACGAUUACCUCAGCAGCCCUGAUAACAAAAAGAAUCUUAAGAAAACAACUCUCCCCGACCAUGGGGAAGGUGCGGGAAGCCAAGCGUCAGGAAUCCGACGAAAAAUUAACGGCAAAAACAAACCCGUUUCAGUGCAGAACAGUCGGAGUUUUAAAGGGCUAGGGUACUGUCCCCGUGACCAGGAUGAUGGUACCUGGUAUGAUGAUAACAUCAGAACUACCAUGAAGAACCAGGCGCUGCUGGCCCCCACUGGUACCAAGAACCAGUCAGUAGUUGCCGCCGCUGGUACCGCAAAAACUGCUAGUGGACAGCCCACUACCUGGCAACACAACCCCGACCGGAGCGUCUCCCCGCACUCCUCUGGCUACGGCACUGGCAACUCCGCGCGCUCUGUCAACAUUGACAAUCAUCGGCAACAAUCAUCGCGUUCUGGCAACACUGACAAUCAACAAUCAUCGUAUCAACAGCCGCAGCAAUCAUACCUCCACCGAAAUCAACAGCAUCUCCAUCAGCAACAGCAGCAAAAACAGGUUUUUCAACAACAGCAGCAACAGAAUGCGAGUGGCAACAGCUCUGCUGUUGCCAGUAACAACAGUCAACAGGAGCGAGGUCAACAACAGGCUGUUGGACACCACUCACGGCCUCAGUCUACUGUUGAAACUGACGAUGAAUACAAUGUUUUUGGCGGCAGCAAGCCAGUUUACGACAACCAUGUCGUAGGCAACCACAACCUCUACAACACAUCCAACAUGGCGUCCACCACCACACUCGCCAGCAGCCAAUCAGGCUCCUCGGACCGGUCCACGCGGACCAACGAGGACCGGUCCACGCGGACCAACGAGGACCGGUCCACGCGGACCAACGAGGACCGGUCCACGCGGACCAACGAGGACCGGUCCACGCGGACCAAUCACAGCCUUGACCACUGCAGGACUUCAGCCAAUCAUGAUCAGGCUGAUAUUUACGACAAUAAUCUACGCAAUUAUGAUGGCAAUCGCACCAUUUACGACACCAGCGCGUCAAACCGCCAACCAAUUUACGACACUAACCAGCCUAUUUACGACACUAACCAGCCUAUUUAUGACACUAACCAGCCUAUUUAUGACACUAACCAGCCUAUUUAUGACACCAAUCAGCCAAUUUAUGACACUAACCAACAAAUUUAUGACAUUAACACAACAAAGCAGCCAAUUUACGACACUAACACGACAAAGCAGCCAAUUUAUGACACAAAACAACCAAUUUACGACACUGAUCAGCCAAUUUACGACACUAAUCAGCCAAUUUACAACACUAAGACGACUAACCAGCCAAUUUACGACACCAAACAGCCAAUUUACGACACCAACGCAUCGAAGCAGACAAUUUACGACAUCAACCCCCGAGUUAAAGAAGUUGCUAUGUCCCCCAGCCACGGCCAGGGGUCGCCGCCCCCUCUCCCAGCCCGCCCCCUCCACGCGAGACGGCGACGGGAUCUAGCUGGCUGCGACUCCCCGGGACAUUCAACCUCAAAUUCCUCCUGCUCAUCUUCCCCAUCCCGCCACCUCCCCCCCUCCUCCCACACCCCCUCCCCACUCAGUGACGCCCCAUCACAACCCCAUCACAACUUCCAGUCCACCCAGAACUCCACUCAAGUCCAGAACUCCACGUCCACCCAGAACUUUGAGUUCACACUGGGCAUGUGGAAACAGAAAUUCCAGCAGGGAAAUUCUGGUCCAGCUGGUCCAGUUGGUCCAGUUGGUCCAUAUCCUAACUUAUCCAGCUCCUGGAUGCAGCAAAAACCCAUAGAAAUUAUCAACAAAAGUGUCCAUAAUAUAGAACCAAACGUUGAAAAGUUGAACACGCAAGUUUUCAACUCGAACACACAUCCUGGUUGCGGUGUCACCCACAGUCCUAGUUUCUCAACCCAGAUACCAAAUACCUACCAUGGGGGCGGUAGUGGUACCCAAAAUGGUAUUUAUGGUACCACCAAGCACGACUUGAAACCACCAUGCAACCAGUACAACCAUGACACAGUUUUCAACCAUCGCGACACUGGUAAUUAUUCAGUCCCCCCUACACGACUUCGAAGUGUGCGUGAAAACAACCCUGGGCAAGUUAAUACAUCAUUUAACUCUGUUUCUAAUUACUCAACUAACCAGUUUCUGCAUCAAAAUGACCCACAAAACCUGCAUCUAUCGCAAAAUCAACCCGUGGCAAUUCAAACCUCCACGCAGUUCAACAGAAAUCAACCACAACGGCAAGAGUAUGAAAUUUUUGACGGUAAUAACGAAAAUAAUCGUAAUAAUCAUGAGUAUAAAGAUAAUCCCGGGCACAACCAGAAGCAGGUUGUGUCAGCACCACGUGUGGUUGAACAACCAAGACUUAGACAAGCUAAACGCCCCCACCACCACACCACCCACCACCACACCACCAACGUGCAGCAGGAGCUACUGAAGCUUAUCAACCCUGAGGGCGACGCGAGUUUUGCUGCUGACUUUGGGACGACAACGCGACCGCCCAUCACGGCGGCCAAGCCAAGACUGGGGGACGGGGUGGCCGCCCCCGCCAUGCGUUCACCCCACAACAGGUCCCCUGCUGGGGGAUCUCGAGUGAAAUCCCCCUCCCCACACACCGACAAUAGUAAAUUUCCCCACCCGAAUACAUUUCCCCACACCCAACCGAAAAUGGGCCACUAUUCAGAGACGAAGUCCCAGAAUUCAGAGACAAAAUCCCAGAAUUCAGAGACAAAAUCCCAGAAUUCAGAGACGAUGUCCCAGAAUAGUACACAGAAUUAUCCCCAAGUAUCCCCCAUGACAGAAUCCUCAAACCUAGAGGAUAGUGAAAGGAUAGCGUUUAUCAGUUCCCCAGUACUGGAACGAAGGAAGAUUUUCGAAGAACAAUUCGGGACCAAGAAAGAAUCCUGCCAACAUGAACCACGAAGACAAAAUUUAAAAGAAAUUAUCAAGGAUUCGGAAACUCCAAGAGUUUCGCCUAAAAUAGCCGAAUAUCCUACCAAGGAUUCUCAUGUAAACCAAAGAAAAGUAUAUACUAAUCCUGGAGAAGCUCCAGCCGCUACCUCUAACACUGAUUCCUUCAGUGGCACUACACUCAGUGGCAGCACUACCGUCAGUGGCAUUACCCUCAGUGGCAGCACUACCCUCAGUGGCAGCACUACCCUCAGUGACGGCACUACCCUCAGUGGCAGCAUUCCCCUCAGUGGCACUACCCUCAGUGGCGGCACUACCCUCAGUGGCGGCACUACCCUCAGUGGCACUCCCCUCAGUGGCAGCACAAUCCUCAGUGGCAGCAAUACCCUCAGUGGCACUACCCUCAGUGGCAGCACUACCCUCAGUGACGGCAACAACGAAACCCUCGGGUUGCCUGAAGACCAAACAGGCAAGCCUGUAACCAAAGUACUGUCCUUAGUAAACAUGUACUGCGCAGAGUCUACGCUCAAGAAACAGACCAAGAAAGAAGGUAUGGCUUUUCAUACCCUCGAGGGCAUACCUUCUCAUGCCCUCGAGCAAAACAUACCUCAAAAUGACCAUUCCAAUGACCGACACGAUCAUGGUCAAAAUUCUUCAGUGUCAUCACAUUUUUCUACCGCUAAUUCCUAUGCCGAGUCCGAGAAAAUAACCAAUAGUACAAAUAGUCUAGUACAACCAGGGGCAUCUUACUGGGACCAGGUCAGAAGAGGUACCAGUGCUAGGUUUAGUCCCAAGAAACUACCAGCAUCUGGUACCAUCAACCACGUGGCGUCUGUGGUCAGGGAGAUACCAGUGACUCGUCUCGAUGAAUCUGACGAAGAUUCAUUAAAUGUAUCACAAAACACGCAUUUGUCAUCGUCUUUAGAUGGAAAAAUUGACUUGAAUAACAAAUUAAUUAUUAAUACGCAUGAACAUAAGCGUUCAAAUGACCCAAGUAACAAAUUAAUUAUAAAUACGCUUGAACAUAAGCGUUCAAAUGACUCAAGUAACAAAUUAACAAUAAAUACGUAUGAACAAAAGCGUACAAAUGACCCGAUUAACCAAUCAUUGAUAAAUACGUAUGAAAAUAAUCGUCCAAGGAGCGAAUCCGCUGAUAUUUACGAAGGACCUGAAGGAUUCUCCCCGUCAGCGCUGGACAUCCUAGACCGGCUCAAAGGAGGCGUCCAGCGAGCGCUCCUGUCGGGGCGCUUGGCCUCUGCAGCGGACACUCAGAAACUGGAGUGUGUUGCCUGUCCUGUGGAGGACAAGGUGGACGAGGAGUGGAACAGUCUUGUCCACGCUGCGAGCAGCGCUAUAGUUCGGACCAGCAGAGCCGUGACCUCGCGCAGCCUCCUGCCUCACAUCUCCCCGUACCGUCCCCUGCCUGCCUCGGACAACCUUGUGGCCAAUCAUUACCAUGAGGCCAAUCACCUUCUUGAGGCCAAUCACCUUCCUGGGGCCAAUAACAAUCUUGCGGCCAAUCACAAUCUUGGGGCCAAUCACCUUGCUGGGGCCAAUCACCUUCAUGGGAUCAAUAACAAUCUUGGGGCCAAUCAGCUUCCUGGGGCCAAUAACAAUCUUGGGGCCAAUCACCUUCUUGGGGCCAAUCACAAUCAGCAUUUUCCCCCCGGGUCUCCUGAGGAGAACAUAUACGAGCGGAUUGAUACUGCCACACAGAGUGUACACGAGGGUCAAAAUACAGGCACUACACAUGCCCACACAGGCACUACACAUGCUCACACAGGCACUACACAUGCUCAUACAGACACUACACAUGCUCAGCACCACACAGGUAUGGUUGAAGCCAGCAGCACCACUACGGCAUCACCAUCUCAUCACAACGCUAAUUUUGGUACCCGGAAUCCUUAUCCUCAAGCGGCAACAGAGGAUGGCGACAGCUUAACG